UCGUAGAACAACUCUGCAUGUAGUGCGAGGAUAUUGUUAGCUGUGUAUAAAAGACUAAUGGAAUCCUCAAUGAGCAGAUUGUGAGUUCUAUUUCGGUGAAAACAGAGUGAAUUAUUAGUUUAUUUCAAAAAGGUAAUUUGAUAUUGGAUUACUAAGAAAAAGAACUGUGAACAAUUUUUCAAGCUACUGGUCAGGCUGACUCGUUGAAGAAAUUGCUACUUUGUGUAUUUUAAAUUAGGUUGGACUGUUUUGCACUAGAGAACAAGACGUUCUAUAAGAUGUUUUCAUCACUACGCGGUUUUUUGUACCGCCACCGGCGAAAGUUCAUGUGGGCCGGCGUGACAGUUGGAGGUGCCAUAUUGGCCAGCAAGUUGGCCGAGUGGAGGCUUCGUCAAUGGCAGGAAGACGAGACACGUAAGCUUGUCGAACAAAAGCGUCGCAAGCAGCACUACGAGCGCACACUGGAUACCACGCGCUUGUCUUUCUACCAAUUGCUUCCCAACAUAAGAAAAGUUCUUGACUUGGAGCUAGACUCGGAUGUGUUCAUUCGCGCCAUCAAGAGCAAUCCAGAGAGAAAGCGCGAGUAUUGGGAACAGCUCAAGCUUGUGGGAUUUGGUCGGGUUCUCUGCACUGUUGUGUGCUCGGCAAUCACUGCCGCCGUGUCCCAUGUCCUCUUGACCGUGCUAGCUGCCACCACAAUCGAUGACGACACUCCUGAAGAAGUCCAGACAAGGUUCCUCGCCACCUUACAAGGGCUUGUUGAGGAAAAGCUUCCAGGCCUUGUUGAGAAAAUUAUGGCCGUAGCUUCCAAGACAAUCUCACCCUUACCCCUUACGCGGAAACUUACCUUAACGCAGCUUGAAGUCGUCCUGCAAGAGAUCUCAUUGGCCGUCACUAAUGACAGGGAAGCUAGUGAAGAGAAAUCUGAUGGAAAAAUACCCUUAUCCAUAUUGCCAUGGAGUCGAUAUCUUCCAGAGCCUGACCCUAUUCAUCAUAAUCCCGAUUACCAAGAACAGCUCAGGAAAAUGUACCUGACAACCGUUGAUAUCCUGAACACGGAUGACUUCAAUGACGUCGUCAAUGCACUGUCCCAAGUAGGCGUCAGUUUCUUUCUUGAUGAAAUCGCGGCUUUUUAUUUCUCAUCGUGUUUUACUGAUUCUGAACAACACAAGCCCGCGGUAGCAAUUGUUAAUCAGAGCGACGAAGAGGCUCUGUCUCCAAAAAAGUCCAAAGAUGAAUUAUCGAACUCGCAUGAAAAACCGAAGGAAGAUUCGUUGACACUCUCAAGCGAACCUGGUGCUUGCUCUCUCAGUAGCUCCAGUCCAAACCCUGAUUUUGUUCGUAAUAGAGAAGUGUAUACCGACGUACCCAGCUGUGUUGUUGCAAAGCUUGUGCCUGUACUGAGUGGGUUACUCCAUGUUGCUCUUCCCAACCCUCCAGCCAACGGCAUAUCAGCUGACGUCUGCACCCUUUACCACCGACUCGUCGCAUGCAGCCAAUUAGAAGCUCUUGCUUUUAGCGUCUAUGAUGCGCUCGUGCUCACGGCUGCGCGUCCUGCCACUUGAUCAAUGCUAUUGUGAUAUCUAUCUUCCUGACAUAAAUUUCCAACAAAUGUUGAGGAAUGAACCACAGAGACUUGGCGAUAUUUCUUGUGGAAACCACUUAUUACUGUGGAAACUUUUUUCGUGCAGAAUAGCAAAUUUUGCGUCCAAAAUGAGAUAUAAGGGAACUCGAUGUAUUUGAAGAUUGCGACUAUUACUAAGUUGGAUUAAAUGGUCUGGGUUCGGUUUGACUUAAUUUAACUUACGAAUUUUGUGGAAAGUGUUCAGUACUUUUUUUUUCUUAUGAUGUAAGGGUGAUGAGCUUGAAUUUCUAUAAAUAUGCAUUAUUCUGUUAUAAAUGGGAUUUACACAAAGUUUUUGGUGUUAGCCUAAUGAAGUGUUGAUUUGGUUCCAGGUAACAUUAUUUCGGUAUAAAUCGUAGUUACGUGGACGCCUGGGAAUUAGCUAGAACACAUCUAUGAACUUUGAUCUCUCUAAUUGAAUUGAAUAAAAAAGCUGGUUUUUAAUGUUGAACAAGCUUUCACAAAGGUUAGGUAAGAAACCUAAGGCACUUCUCUUUAUGUUAUUACCUCUCAGAUUGUGGCGGAUGGUUGCUUUUCCUGAAGGAAAUGCCAAAUUACUUCCGGUGCCCCUUCUACUGCCAUUGUCUCAAUCAUUGCCUGUUCGGUGAAAUAUUCGCACAACUCUCAAUAAAUUGCGUAAUUUGUAAAGUAAAUGCAAAUGCUAUUAAAAUCCAUCCUUAUUUCUCCAUACAUUCGCUAUUGAAUUUUCUUAUGUUCUCCUGAAAUAUUGACCUGAAAGUCUGAGCUUUAUUUGCGCCACUUCUGUGCACUCCUUAAUUUUGUAUUUUUACAGUGAUAAUAAUUUUCUCGAUAAAAAGCGCCUCACUAAAGUUUUUGAGCAAUCUUUUUUCUGUCUGAGGUUUUGUUUACCUGUAAGACGUUGAUGAUGCUAAAUUUUACAGAAGAAAAUUUUCGUGUUCUGUUUUGUUUUUUUCGCGGGUUUUUCUUCUGCUUUUACCAGCAUUGUUACGGUCACUUGUGGGACAAUAUAAUUUUUCACAAGAGUUCAGUUGUAUGGGUAGAGAUUUAUAAGCUUGUAGCGAAUGAUGCUCGGCGUUCUCGAUUACUUUCAAACUGUUACUUAUUUGGGGUCUUCGGAUUGUAAAAUAAAAUGAUUCCUCUGUUUAAA